UUUUGCCAACGAGAUACAGCGGGAGUUAAAAGCUCCAGUGAUUGGUGAACCGCGGGGAAUGCGCUGCAAGAGCGAUUUUCUCCGAAUCAAACGUCAGAUUAUGUAUCUAAAAGUUAACAUAAUAUUCACAUAGAGAUAAAGAACAUUUUCAGAUUGAUACAACGGAAAAAAUAAAAUAAUCGCGAACGUCUGGAAGAAAAUGGACAAAAAUUUAAAUCAAUGACGUAUUUAUUGUCCGGAGAGUAUCCUUGAGUAAAAUAUGGAAUAUACCUUCAGGAAAUAAAACAAUCAUAUGUCGGAAAACCCUGAAGAAAGAUUCUGCGUAACUUUAGAUAUUGACAUACCUGAUCAGCGUGACCGAAAUGAAAUUGAAAAUGACGCGGGAAAUCUGGCCUUAUUACACCUAGAGGACAGAGAGUCCGCGAUAGAAAAUAAUCCACAAGUGACCAACGAUGACCAGGAAGAAUGCCAGGCUACAUUUUUCCUUGAGGAUGAAUUAAGUGACUCUGAAAAUAAAAAUGAAAGUAAAGAUGGAGAGUGUGAGGGUCUGUUCAUAUCAGAAGAUGGGUCGACAGAAUGCCAUGGCGAUGGACAGGAAACAAAUGGAAACGACGAAAACCCUUCUACUGACGACAAUCUGGAAUUUCCGCAGUUUCAGGUCGUGUAUUCAGACGACGAAAAGUUUCCUGAUGAUGAUGAAUUGCCCGAUUCUCUUGCUCCGUUUCAGGACAGAGGACGACGCGAAUCCAAAUGGAGCGCGACAAUUUUGUUUGUGGCGUCAGAAGUUCAAUUGAUUAUAGACCUUGCCGAGUUUUGUCCUCCUGAGGGAUAUCUCAAGGAGCCAUCAAAGAACAAAGGCCAAACGGAGCCUGACUGCAAUUCCAACAACAUGGAUAAUGGUGAAGCACUACCAAGUCCCUCAGACGACGCAACAUUUGAUGAUGUUGGACCUUUGAUAAAGAUGGACAAUUUGCAAAAUGGAAGGGACCAUAAUGAAGAUUCCAAAGAGAAAAUGCUCCCUGAAAAUAAUAAUGUAAAGAACAAAACUAAGUUGGAGCACUUUGUAGCACCUCCCAAGGAAAACUGGGGCGGAAGUGGGGACUAUCUAUUGGCGGCGAUCGGAUACUCCGUGGAUUUAUCUAAUGUUUGGAGGUUUCCCUACUUAGCCUACAAAAAUGGCGGCGGUGCAUUUAUCAUUCCAUAUUUCACGGUUCUCAUACUCGGCGCUGUCCCCGUCUUCUUUAUGGAACUUAGCAUGGGGCAGUUCAGCAAAGAGGGGCCCAUAAAUGUUUGGAACAACCUUGUACCCAUGUUCAGAGGUAUAGGUUUUGCCUCUUGUUGGAUGGCCUACAUCGUCGCUUUCUACUACAACAUGGUUAUCGCCUGGGCGUUCUACUACCUGUUCUCUUCUUUCUCUUGGAACACUCCCUGGUCAAGGUGUGACCACGAAUUUAACACACGUGACUGCUGGCAGUCAGACUGGGAUACCAAUCAAACACACUCAAAUAGGACCUUUAACUCCAGCACUGCUAUCUCUUCCUCUUACGAAUAUUUUGAACGAGGCGUUCUCAGUUUACACAAGAGUUCGGGAAUUGACAACCUCGGUGGAAUCAAAUGGGAAGUCGCUGGAUGUGUGGCCCUUACGUUCAUUAUUCUUUACCUCAGUUUGUGGAAAAGUGUUAAGAGUGCAGGAAAGGUCGUCUGGUUCACGGCCACAGUUCCUUACUUGAUACUCACUGCUCUAUUGAUUCGAGGCUCCAUGCUCCCUGGUGCAGGAGAGGGGGUCAAAUUUUUCAUCGUUCCAAACAUGAGCAGGCUCGCAGAAGUUCAGGUCUGGAUAGACGCUGCAGUGCAGAUUUUCUUCUCCAUCGGCGCUGGAUUUGGAACACACAUUGCAUACGCCAGUUAUAACAAGUUUAAUAACAAUUGCUACAGGGAUUGUCUCAUAACAGCAUCCGUAAACUGCAUUACCAGUAUCUUUUCUGGUUUUGUCGUGUUCACAUACCUUGGGUACAUGGCUCAAAAACAGCAAAAAGACAUCAGGGAUGUCGCACAAGAUGGCCCGGGUCUCGUUUUCAUCGUCUACCCAGAAGCCAUUUCUACACUUCCGGGAUCGUCAAUAUGGGGAAUUCUGUUCUUUUUCAUGUUAAUUACGCUCGGUUUGGAUAGCGCGUUUGGCGGCUUAGAAUCUCCGUUGACGGGUCUCCGGGAUCAGUUCUACAGGGUAUUUAGACACCGGUGGGCACGGGAAGUUUUAACCUUCUUAAUUGUCGUUAGUGCCUUCCUUUUCUCCAUUCCAUGUAUGACUGUAGGAGGUAUGUAUGUGUUUAAAAUACUGGAUACAUUCGCUGCCGGCACUUCCAUCGUAUUUGCCAUUCUAUUUCAAGUCAUCGCCGUUUCCUGGUUUUAUGGGGUGGAUCAGUUUUGUUCGGACAUUUAUCAGAUGACAGGCCAUAGACCAGGGCUGUAUUGGCGAGUGUGUUGGAAAAUCCUCAGUCCUACAUUCCUAUUGAUAAUUGUGAUAUCAAGCUUUUCUCAUUAUCGACCACUGACUUAUAAGGGCAGUAUGGGCGUGUACACCUAUCCUUCGUACGCUAACGUCAUAGGAUGGGGCGUGGCUCUUUCCUCAAUGCUCCUGAUACCAGGUUAUGCAGUGUAUCUCUUGCUGUCCACUAAAGGAACUUUUAAACAGAGAUUGGCAAAGUGCAUAACCCCAAAAAGAGAUCACGAGGAAAUCACAAGAACCAAUGACGUCAAACGUUUCAGGUACCCAGUUCUUUGUCCUUCGGUCCAACUGGUUUUGACACCUUAAUCAAAAAUGUAUCAUGGCAAAGCAGACCCCCCGAGGCGACAAACAGGCCGACGAAACCAGUACGCUUAUGACAAUCCCGCAUUAUCUGAAACGGCUUCUACCCCUAGUAUCUUCACAGUGGAGAGCUCAAGCUCACUUAUACACAAGGACGGCGUCUCACUCGACUUGUACCCGGCGCUCCGGAGAAACUCAUUCGAAUCCGCUUUGGAGACAGGAAGUAGAAAAAGUUGGCGAGAAUCAACGGAAAGAAUGUCGGAGGAUCCUGCCAAAACGGCUGGUACGUCAACAGACGCCCUCAUAGCAACAGAAAAUGGAGAAGGUUCGAAAGAAUCUAAAGAAGAGAGGGAAACUUGGGACAACAAAGCUCAGUAUAUCUUAGCAGUCGUUGGAUACGCUGUAGGAUUGGGAAAUGUUUGGCGUUUUCCAUAUUUAGCACAGAAAAAUGGAGGCGGUGCUUUUCUCAUACCGUACACAAUCAUGUUGGCGAUUGAAGGCGUUCCCAUCUUUUACUUGGAGCUUGCAGUGGGUCAGCGCUUGCGUAAAGGUGCCAUUGGCGCCUGGAACCAAAUAUCGCCGUAUCUUGCUGGUAUCGGAAUAGCUAGUGCUAUGGUUUCCUUCUGGGUCUCGUUGUAUUAUAAUACUAUAAUAGCCUGGUGUCUGUAUUAUCUAGUCAACAGUUUCCAGUCUCCCCUGCCGUGGGCUGAAUGUCCUGGAAAUGUCACGGAGUGUUCGAUGAGUGGCUCAACCACAUAUUUCUGGUACAGGGAAACUCUCAACAUCUCACCUUCCGUUGAUGAACGCGGGACCUUGAACUGGUGGAUUGUGGUCAGUCUAUUAGCAGCCUGGCUAAUUGUUUUCCUGUGCAUGGCAAAAGGAAUAGCAUCUUCGGGCAAGGUUGUGUAUGUCACGGCAACGUUUCCAUAUCUGGUGCUCCUUAUUUUUUUCUUCCGUGGUGUGACGCUUGAGGGGUUUGAAGAAGGAGUGAAACAUUUUUUCGUCCCGGAUUUUUCUCGUCUAGGAGAUCCGCAGGAGUGGAUAGAGUCCGCGACACAAAUUUUCUUUUCUCUUGGAGUGGCUUUUGGGGGCUUGAUCGCCUUUUCUUCCUACAUGCCCGUUCGAAACAAUUGCUACAGAGACGCCAUCUUGGUUUCUGUCGUAAACUGUGGCACUUCCGUCUUUGCAGGAGUCGUAAUUUUCUCAAUUCUAGGAUUCAAGGCAACACAGAGUUUUAAGGCCUGUAAUGCCCAGAACGAUUUGUUAUUGAGCCAGAAUAUGACAACAGGGUUCCUGACAUGUGACAUCAAAACAGAGAUACAGAAGAGCGGAUCAGGAACAGGACUGGCGUUCAUUGCCUUCACAGAAGCCAUUAACCAGUUACCCGCCGCCCCCGUAUGGUCAGUGUUGUUCUUUCUGAUGUUGCUGACCCUCGGGCUGGACAGUAUGUUCGGAAUGUUAGAGGGGGUCGUCACCUCCAUCAUCGACAUGAACCUCGUCAAAAACCUCCGUAAAGAAGUGUGUGCAGCUGUCCUUUGUUUGGUUUCCUUACUGAUCUCCUUCUGCUUUGCGGAUUCAGCGGGCCCUUACAUUUUUGUUCUGUUUGAUGAAUACAGUGGAAAUAUCCCUCUCCUUAUCAUCGCUCUUGGCGAACUCCUCGGACUAACGUAUGCGUACGGACUAAAAAGGUUUGGUGACGACAUUGAACUAAUGACAGGACAAAGACCUAAUUAUUAUUGGUUGAUUAUGUGGAAGUACGUAUCUCCGCUAGUUAUCAUCGUCAUUUUCCUCGCAAGUUUCAUCAAAUCAAUGAUCAGCAGCGCGACGUACGAGGCAUGGAUUCCCUCCAUAGCGGAUAAUAUAACAACAGAGUGGCCAGCAUGGUGUAAGUUUAUAGCAGCAAUGUUAAUUAUCAGCGCCAUGGGGUGGAUCCCCCUAGUAGCAAUUGUGAAAAAAUUCAAUCUUGUAAAAUGGGAACCGGAAACGCCAGCGGAGUUUCCGGAAGAAGAACUUGUUGCCGAGAGGGGAAUAAAACCUCAUAUACCAUCUGACAGAGAAAGGAAAUGGCUUUACUGGUUAGAGAAGUUGUAAGAAACGGGAUUGGUGCAAUAUAAACUGUCUCUGUGUCCACUUUUAGAUAAUAUUCAAUGUAAAAUAUUUUAGCAAGUUAAUUUAACAAAGUUGCAUAGAUUAUGAUUUUAUACUUUUAUAUGCAGAAGACCUU